AUCUGCAUCUCGAUAUCAGUACAAAUUCGUCUAUAACAACUCGUGUACUCGUAGUCGUACAUCUUUACGCGUCGCAAAUUUUUGGAUCUGUUCUUUUGCAACAGCAACUAUUGUAAGGUGUGAGAAUAUGAAGAUCCUGAUUGUCCUGUGCGCUCUUGUGGCAGUAGCCUCGGCAGGUUACAUACGUAGCGGUUGGUCCGGUGGUUCUGGCGGCUGGGGAGGUUAUGGUGGUGGUGGCGGUUGGUCUGGCGGCGGCGGCAGUGGCUGGUCUGGUGGCUAUUCCUCACCUAAAAUCAUCAAAGUGAUUACAUUGGGUGGAGGAGGCGGCGGUUAUGGUGGUGGCGGCGGUUAUGGCGGUGGUGGCUGGAGUGGUGGUGGUGGACAUGGCGGUUGGAGCGGUGGUGGCGGUGGUUGGAACGGUGGCGGCGGCGGCGGUUGGUGGUAACAUGGAGAUUGAAUCGGCAGUGAUGUUGUACUGAAUUUUCGAGAUUUCGUGUGUUGUGACUUUGUUUUUGUAAAGAAAUUGUAUAUACAUACUUAUAUUUUUUUUAACUAAAUAAAAUUUUUUUGGUAAACUAUAAA